CCUGCGAUUGUGACAACUCCACUACCCUAAUCAUGUUCUCGCCGUCAUCUUAGUCGUUGCGGAUUCAUCCUCCAUUUUUUCCGGUGGAUUUAACCGCCGCGAAAAGCAUGGUAUAUUGAUGAUUGCUCAUUCAUAACGUAAGUACUAACCAGUAACUUUCGCUACAAAUGCAUACGAUAAAUAGCAGAAAAUCUCCGGCGACGCCGUGGUGGCAGAGAUCGUCGUCCUUGCCGGUGGUGAAUUCCGGUGACGUGAUUGUAGAGAGUGGAAGAAAAGGCGGCGGCGGCAAGUACGCCUCCUUCGGCAUCUCUUUUUUGUUCCGCCGGCGGCGGCUGAGCGGCCGUGGCAGGAAGCUCCGCCACGUGACCGAUCACGAAGGCGAUGAGUUUGUUCCGAGUAAAUAUAAUUCGUUGGAUCAUUCGCUAGCUAGGUCUUCCUCCGACGGAACACACAGUUCAUCGGAUCUCUCUCCAGGCAGGUCCUCCUCCUCCGGAUUCCAGCCGUCUCCUCUGCCGCUCCCCCCGCCGGAAGUGCACGCUCUCCUCCGUCGAGAUGCCAAUUCGUCGCCGUAUUUCGGUAAAGCACAUCUCCCUUCGCCGACGAAGUCGCAUCCUCACCAUUCUCAUUCUCAUUCUGAUUCCCACGCCGACGAAGCUCAUUUACUACAGAGAUUUUUUAACCAGGCUGCUCGAAGAACAAGAGAGAAUCAAGCAAGUAACUCCAGAACCAGGAAGUCGCCGACGCGGGAGCCAAACGGCGGCACUGAGAAACUCUCCGGUCCGAGUUUAGAUGCAAGCUUCUGUUACUGGUUAUCACCGGAGAAGAAGACCGCAUCCAGCAUUGACAAUUCUCCGACUCAAAGUCCUAAUCGGAGCACAAGAAACGCAACUGGCUCUGCGUCGCCUUUAACAAGGCGUGGAAACAAUGCUCAGGCCAACAACGUUCAUCCCCUGCCACUUCCUCCCGGCGCCGCCCUUUCGCAGCCUUCCUCCCCGGCUUUCCCCAUCUCUUCUAAAGCAGACCAGAUGCCAUUAAAAGGGCAGUGGCAAAAGGGAAAGCUCAUUGGCCGUGGGACAUUUGGAAGCGUUUACAUAGCCUCCAACAGGAAAACUGGAGCAUUGUGUGCAAUGAAAGAAGUUGAAAUAUUCCCGGAUGAUCCAAAAUCUGCAGAAUGUAUAAGGCAAUUAGAGCAGGAAAUUAAAGUUCUUAGCAACCUUAAACACCCCAACAUUGUGCAGUAUUAUGGCAGUGAAAUAGUUGGUGACAGGUUUUUCAUAUAUCUUGAAUAUGUUCAUCCUGGUUCUAUCAACAAGUUCAUUCGUGAUCAUUGUGGAGCAAUUACAGAAUCUGUUGUUCGUAGCUUCACCCGUCAUAUUCUUUGUGGUUUGGCUUACUUGCAUAGCAAAAAAACCAUCCACAGGGAUAUCAAGGGGGCUAAUCUGCUUGUUGAUGCGUAUGGUGUAGUCAAGCUUGCUGAUUUCGGGAUGGCUAAACAUCUUUCUGGGCAAGCAGGGCCACUUUCUUUGAAGGGAAGUCCAUACUGGAUGGCCCCAGAGCUUUUGCAGUCAGUUCCAGCUAGGGAUCCUAAUGGUGAUCAUGCUUUAGGUGUUGACAUAUGGAGUUUGGGUUGCACUAUAAUCGAAAUGAUGGAUGGGAAACCGCCAUGGAGCGAGAGCGAAGGGCCUGCAGCCAUGUUCAAGGCUCUGAAGGAAUCUCCACCAAUACCUGAUUCACUCUCACCUGAAGGGAAAGAUUUCUUGCGGUGCUGUUUCUGUAGAAACCCGGCAGACCGGCCGACGGCUAGCAUGUUGUUAGAGCACCAGUUCGUAAAGAACUCGCACCAGCUAGAUAUUCCUCACUGUGUCCGCUCACCAAACAGCCUCAAACUAACUGAUAAUCUGCAGAUUAAGAAAGAGCAUCGGUAUCAGAAACAUGAGAAAGGGAAACUGUUCCGUCCCUAACACAUUGCCCUCAAAGGAACUGCGAGCAUGACAGAACAUUUCUUUGCCCACAAAAUGCGAAAUCUCAUCUCGAUCUUCGUUUUUUGACUGUAAAGGUUUACAUACAUGAACAGAAUCUUAAGUGGAAGACUUCCAGUUCUGCAGCCACUUGAGCCUCGUGUGUGCACGAUUCUUUUUCUCAGUCAGGCUGCCCAAGCUCAGCCAUGCUUGGCUUGCUUAGCUUGCUGAUAAUUCCAUUACUUCUUCAUGGCUGUGCAAAAGCUACAGCUCAUUUUUCGCCGUGGAUCGUUUUUAUUUGUCCAGACUCAACACAAACCGGGUAGAGUUGCAAUAAAAGUGUAAAGGGAUGACAAUUUUUACGUGGGAACCGAAUAGGUUAAAACCAUGGAAUUUCUCCUCUUCUUCUUUUUUUUUUUUUUUUUUUUUGCCCAAAAGAGUCAAAUCUCCGUUGGAGUAGUGGGCAAUUGUAACUUGUAAGAAAUUAAAUUAUUUGUGAGUCAGUUAUGGUAGGAACCUACCACAUGU